GUGCUUUUAGUGAACGAAGGAUAAAAACAUCUCCAUCAGGAUGGUGUUCAUAUCUGUUCUUGCGUAUAGCCUCGAUUCCUAACGUAGUUCUAGCGAUCACGUGACUUGCGGCGCUCGACAUGCUGCGGGAGGCUGAAGGCGCGUCGGGCUGUGCGUUGUCAACGCGUGAACGCACUGAUUUAACAUUUCAUUAAAGUAUUUUCAGCACAUUCCGUCUGAGCCGAAGAUCAGGAGCGGUUCCAUAUUAUUAUUAUUGUUAUUAUUACUAGUAGUAUUAGUAUUAUUGGGCGGAAGCUGAGAACAGAGGACACCUGUUUUACCGAGGUGUAAGGAGGAAUGAUGAAGGCGCGACGGCAGCUCUGCCACAGUCACCUUGUACCGAAUGACACGGAGAGCCAAGACGAGCGGGCAGUGAUACACGGCGUCUGCAAUUAACGCAUUCUUCACACUCAAUCCGCUCGUUACUGACUACACGCUACUCUAGAGCUCAGAUGAGGUUCGCGUUUGCAUUCUUCAUUGUCCUCUUCAACGGUGAGAAAUCACCCUUCUGAAUUCGCGCGCUAAAUACGAGGCUGGCACCAUCACCAUAUCCUUACAGGUGCUAGGCUAUUUAUAAGAUUCGUGUUUUGUUUCCGAGAACGUUUUCUUUGAACGGCUCUGUAGAUGCGUGUUUUGCAUAAGUACGAGCGGCGCUGGCCUGUUGGCAUUCUAAUCACUCACACCCCUAUUUCCCGGUAGCCAUGCCCGAGGUAGGUGGCAGAUAAUGCCCAGGGCGUCGCGAUGGGCCACCACGGCGAAGAGAAGGACCGUAUUGUGAUCAACGUGGGGGGCAUCAAGCACCAGACGUACCGCGGCACGCUACGCACGCUCCCCGGCACGCGCCUCUCGUGGCUCGCAGAACCCGACGCCGCAAGUCACUUCGACUACGACGCGACGGUCGGUGAGUUCUUCUUCGAUCGGCACCCGGGUGUCUUCGCGCACAUCCUUAACUACUAUCGCACGGGCAAGCUGCACUGCCCGGCGGAUGUGUGCGGUCCGCUCUAUGAGGAGGAGCUCGCCUUCUGGGGCAUCGACGAGACGGACGUGGAGCCGUGCUGCUGGAUGACCUACCGGCAGCACCGCGAGGCUGAGGAGGCGCUGGUUAGUUUCGGCGGCGGGGCGUUGCUGGAUGCCGGUGGCGCACACGAUGAUACGGAGGCAGAAGGCGGCACGCACGAGGCGCCCGCCGAAGGGGACGAGGGAGCGGAAAUGACGCGACGCCUCGCGCACGGAGACUCUCCCGAAAGCCGCUCAGGCCGCUGGAACCGAUGGCAGAGGAAGAUGUGGGCUCUCUUCGAGGACCCCUAUUCCUCCAAAUACGCGCGGUGGGUGGCUUUUGCAUCUCUAUUCUUUAUCCUGGUGUCCAUCACUACAUUUUGCCUGGAGACUCAUGAGGCCUUUAACCCCAUCAUCAACCGCACAGAGAUUGAAAUGGUGGACAAUGAGACCGUGGUGCGUGUUUACCCAGAGACAGAGACCAUGGUGCAGCUCACAUACAUCGAGGGGGUCUGUGUGAUCUGGUUCACCUUUGAGUUUUUAAUACGUGUAACUUGCUGCCCUGACAAACUCAAAUUCAUCAGAAAUGCCCUUAACAUCAUUGAUUUUGUGGCCAUCCUGCCUUUCUACCUGGAAGUAGGACUGAGUGGCCUGUCCUCCAAAGCUGCAAAAGACGUGCUAGGGUUCCUGCGUGUCGUUCGCUUUGUCCGGAUUCUGCGUAUCUUUAAACUGACAAGGCACUUUGUUGGUCUGAGGGUGCUGGGACACACACUCCGUGCCAGUACCAAUGAAUUCAUCCUCCUCAUUAUCUUCCUGGCUCUUGGUGUCCUCAUAUUUGCCACCAUGAUUUACUACGCGGAACGUAUUGGAGCUAACCCUAAUGAUCCCCGUGCUAGUGAACACACACAUUUCAAGAACAUCCCCAUUGGUUUCUGGUGGGCUGUGGUCACCAUGACGACACUUGGCUAUGGUGACAUGUAUCCUCAGACAACAUCGGGCAUGUUGGUGGGGGCGCUUUGUGCUCUGGCUGGUGUGCUGACCAUCGCCAUGCCUGUGCCUGUGAUUGUCAACAACUUUGGCAUGUAUUAUUCUUUGGCAAUGGCGAAACAAAAACUACCAAAAAAAAAGAGCAAGCAUAUCCCAAGGGCACCUCAGCUGGGGUCCCCCAACUACUGUAAGUCAGCCAUUAACUCGCCAAGACCCAGCACUCACAGUGAUACCUGCCCUCUGGCCCAGGAAGAAGUCUCUGAGAUUAGAUACCAAGAUUUCAAAGUGAAUGGAGAACCGUCUAAAGCGGCCCUGGCCAAUGAAGACUGUCCCCACAUUGACCAGGCCGUAUCACCUGAGGAAGUUUUCAGCCCUGUAGACCGUGAGAGACCCUGUUUCCUGCUCACCUCCUCAGAUCGGGGCAAUCACAUAGGGGCAAGAGUCAGGAAGGAAGCCAAGCGAGUGAGCCGAAGCAGACAACCAACAGAGUCAGUGUGUGUUAUGAACCAUGGUGUGCCAACCACUAUGUGUGUCAACCAUAAAGCCACCUCUCCCACCUGAUAGUGCUGUAGCGUGUGUGUCUGUACGCAUGUGGAUGUAAGUGUGUGUGGAUGUUGGACGAGUUCGUUGGCGUAAACUAGAUCAGCAUUAUUUCUGAGUGACAGACAUAAACUCAGCGUAGAUGUAGCAAAGUAGCUCAGAGAAACUUGUCGUUCAGCCGUAUGUACCUCUGUUCCGUGACUGAUUAUUGUGCUGUUGUAUUGUGUAAAGUGCCUAUUGUUUUGCGUUACUUGUGUGUGUGUGUGUGUGUAUGUAUGUAUGUGUGCGUGUGUAUGUCGGUGUUGUAUAUACUGCUUUUGUGUGCUGUUGCAUCACAACUGACUAGCUAAGGUUUUUUUUUUUGCUGUUUUAAUGUUGUGAAAUGUAGCGCCGGUGCUUUUUAGGUGAUUAGACACGUAGUCUGCAGUCAUGCGCACGUAGGGGAGAAAAAUAAUAAAGCUGAGAAGCUGAGGGUUUUUUUUGUACUAACAUAGCGAUUAUAUCGUAAACGCAUUUGCACUGUUUGCACCUGUUCACCUGUUUCUUUAUCUAGAAUAGAUAACAGUUGGAAAGCUAGGCUUGUAACGCUCCAUUGAAGUGAAUAGAAUAAAUGAAUUUGGCUGACAAAACCAGAGGACCAAACUUCACAUUCUGAACAAAUGUAAAGUCCCUUAUGAUGUCACCUAAGCUGAUUUUUUAAAAAGAAAAUCUUGAAGGAUUUGGGGGUUUAAUCCCUUCGAUUCCAUGCAGCUGUAUUGUGUCUGGAUUGUUCUCUCUUUAAGAAUUACUUUUAGACUUUUUCAGCCGACAAUCCAGCACAAAAAAAGUGAUUCUGGUACACUGGUUUAUCUGUAGCAAUGUCAAAACAUACAGGGUUUUUAACCGGCAGGUGCACAUUAGAAAGGAAACAAUACUGUGGCUUAGGUUUAGUCCGAUAUUUAUUUUUCAUAUUUGUGGAAAUGUACAGUAAGCCCAGUUCUUUGGGACCAACCUGAAACACUGCCAGUACACAACUUUGGCGAUGUCGACGUCACACUGUAACAAUAUGCUGGACUAUUUGUACACCCAACACCACAAGAGCACAUGUACAUGUCAAUGAUAAUGUUUCAGAGUGCAAAUGUUUAGUCGACAUACUGCGUAGUGUGAUUAGUGAUUUAAAACACAAGAUGUUGUUUUCAUUGAUGGUUUGAUUU